AAGGCUUUGGGGCUUUAUGGUAUGGAGUAUGGGAAUGGGUUUAUAGGAUCUAUAUGUGUUUCUUUAAACCGAUCACACGCUAUUGAAACCUUGAAAGCUGGUAUGGAGUUUAAAGGUCCUUCGAUCGUUUUAUCUUAUUUACCUGAAAUUGAUCAUCAAGAAGAGAAUCGGAAUGAGGUGAUGGUCAAAUGGCCUUUGUAUAGAUGGAUACCUUGGACUGAGGUUUCGGAUGAAUCUUUUGUGGUUGAAGAUCAAGAGGUUCAUGAGAAUUUAAAUGAGUUUUUUAGUAGAAGGUCUCAUCUUAGUUUAUUAUCUUCUAAUUUAUCUCUUCAUUCAAUCUUACAACAAGAUAUGCAUCAGAACCAGAACCAGAAUCAAAAUCAGAAUCGAAAUCAGGAUCAGGAUCAAAGAGGUUUAGAGGUUAAAGAAAAGAAUCAAAAAGAAGACGAGAUUAAAGAAGCUUAUGAAAGAUUAGUGAAUGGGUUUAAACAAGAACAGGAUGAAAGAAUGGUAAGGGUUUUGUUUGGAUCAGAUACAGGUACAUCGGAAAAACUUGCGAAAAAGUUGACCAAGAAGUUAAUCAAGUAUGGGUUGAAGAAUACUAGAGUGAAGAUGAUGAAUGAGUUUGUUGAUGAGAUCGAAAGUGGAUCAGAAGAGUUUAAGAAAUUGAAUUAUUUGAUUGUUUUUUGUUCUACUACUGGUCAAGGAGAAAUCCCAUUGAAUGGUAGAAAGUUUUGGAAAUUAUUAGGUAAUGGUGAUGGGAAUGGUUCGUUUGAAGAUUUGAAUUAUAUGGUCUUUGGAUUAGGUGAUUCACAUUAUUGGCCUAAGAAAGAAGAUAUUAGGUUUUAUAAUAAAGCAUCAAAAGAUAUAGAUAUGAAAUUAGAAAGUUUAGGUGCUAAGAAAAGUUUGAAGAUUGGAUUAGGUGAUGAACAAGAUCCGAAUGGGAUCCUUACGGGUUAUCGGGUUUGGGAAAAAGAAGUUUGGAAGGUUUUAGGGAUUCAGGAAGAUGGUGAUGAGGUUGAGGAUGAGGUUGAAGAUGAACCGAUCACUAAUGAACAUAUUAAGUUGGCUUCUGAGUUUCUUAGAGGAACUAUUCGGGAAGGAUUAAUGGAUACUAGUACGGGUGCUUUGGCUGAAUCGGAUGGACAAGUGACUAAAUUUCAUGGGAUUUAUCAACAAGAUGAUCGAGAUGUAAGAGAAGCUAGAUCAUUAGAAGGUCUUGAACCGGCUUAUUCUUUCAUGGUUAGAUGUAGAUUACCAGCUGGAGUUUGUACACCUCAACAAUGGUUAAUGGUAGAUGAACUUUCUAGGACUAAAGGAAAUGAUACGUUCAAGUUGACGACUAGACAAACUUUUCAAUUUCACGGAGUGGUGAAGAAGAAUUUGAAAGGAUUAAUUCAAGGAAUUAAUCAAAGUUUGAUGGAUACACUUGCUGCAUGUGGAGAUGUGAAUCGAACGGUGAUGUGUUCAGCUAAUCCAACAGAAGCACAUAUACAUCAAGAAGUAUAUAAAUUAGCCGAAAAGAUCAGUGAACAUUUGUUACCGAAGACAACAGCGUAUGGAGAGAUUUGGUUAGAUAAGAAAUUAGUGGGUAGUGCAGGAGUUUUUGAAGAUGAAGAACCGUUAUAUGGACCAAGUUAUUUACCACGAAAAUUUAAAAUCUCAAUUGCGAUUCCACCAGAGAAUGAUGUAGAUGUUUUUGCACAUGAUGUUGGAUUGAUUACGAUUAUUGAAAACCAUCAAAUCAUAGGAUAUAAUUUAUGUGUGGGUGGAGGAAUGGGAGUCACUCAUUCCAAUCAAUUAACUUAUCCUAGAUUAUCUAAUAUCAUUGGGUUUCUGAAACCUGAUGAAGUGAUUGAAGUUAUAGAAAAGAUUUUGUUGGUUCAACGUGAUUUUGGAAAUCGAAAUGAUCGAAAACAAGCUAGGAUGAAAUAUACGAUUGAUCGAAUUGGAAUUGAAAAGUUUAUUGAUGAGAUUGAAAUUAGAUUAGGUAGGAAAUUGAAUUAUGUUACAAAAGAAUUCGAAUUUGAAAGUAAUGUUGAUAAGUUUGGUUGGUGCAAGAAUGAGAUUGGAGAAGAACAUUUUACCAUGUUUAUUGAGAAUGGUAGAGUUGAAGAUAAGAUUGAAGUAGAGGAUGGGAAUGGGAAGGGGAAUGGGAAGGCGAAGGGGAAGUUGAUGAAGACUGGGUUGAGAGAGAUUGCUAAAGUUCAUAAGGGAACGUUUAGGUUGACUCCAAAUCAACAUUUAAUGAUUUGUAAUAUCUCGAGUAAAGAGAAACCAAAGAUUGAAAAGUUAUUGAAGUUUUAUGGGUUGAAUAAUUUAGAUUAUUCAGGAUUAAGAUUAAGUUCAUCUGCUUGUGUAGCUUUUCCAACUUGCGGAUUAGCAAUGGCUGAAUCUGAAAGGUAUUUACCAAUUUUGAUUGAUAAGAUUGAAAAAAUCAUGGAGGAGAAUGGUUUAAGAAAUGAUGAGUUAGUGAUGAGGAUGACUGGAUGUCCGAAUGGAUGUGCAAGACCUUGGGUAGCAGAAGUAGCGUUUGUAGGCAAAUCAAAAGGAAAUUAUUUAAUGUUAUUAGGUGGAAAUCGUAAAGGGACUAGAUUAAAUAAACCAUUUAAAGAAUCCGUGAAUGAAGAAGAGAUAUUGAAAUUGAUGAGUUUGAUGAUUUUAGAAUAUUCAAAGUUUAGAUUAAAUCCAAUGGAAGGAUUUGGAGAUUUUUCUUUGAGAGUUGGAUGGAUUAAAGAAACUACACGUGAGUGA